GUGUUCCGCUGCGCAGGCCGCCAUGCCCGCCCCCGCGGAGCUGUCGGAGUUCGGAGCGGCGGCGCCGUUCCUGCGGAAGUCGGAGCAGGAGCGCCUGGCGGCGCAGACGCGGCCGUUCGAUCUGAAGCGCGACAUCUUCGUCCCCGACGAGCGCGAGGAGUUCGUCAAAGCCACCAUCGUGUCCCGCGACGGACCCACAGUCACCGCGCACACCGAGCACGGCAAGACGGUGACGGUGAGGGAGGACCAAAUCAUGCAGCAGAACCCCCCGAAAUUCGACCGCAUUGAGGACAUGGCCAUGCUGACGUUCCUCCACGAGCCCGCCGUCCUCUACAACCUCAAGGAGCGCUACGCCUCCUGGAUGAUCUACACCUACUCGGGCCUCUUCUGCGUUACCGUCAACCCCUACAAGUGGCUGCCGGUAUACAACGCUGAGGUGGUGGCCGCCUACCGGGGCAAGAAGCGGAGCGAAGCUCCUCCUCACAUCUUCUCCAUCUCAGAUAACGCCUACCAGAACAUGCUGACAGAUCGGGAGAACCAGUCCAUCCUCAUCACCGGAGAAUCCGGGGCGGGGAAGACCGUCAACACCAAAAGGGUCAUCCAAUACUUCGCCGUCAUCGCUGCCAUCGGCGACCGCGGCAAGAAGGAGACGGGGACGCCGGGGAAGGGGACCCUGGAGGAUCAAAUCAUCCAAGCCAACCCCGCCCUGGAGGCCUUCGGCAACGCCAAGACCGUCCGCAACGACAACUCGUCGCGAUUUGGCAAGUUCAUCCGGAUCCACUUCGGGGCCACCGGGAAGUUGGCGUCGGCUGAUAUCGAGACCUACCUCCUGGAGAAGUCGCGGGUCAUCUUCCAGCUCAAAGCCGAGAGGAACUACCACAUCUUCUACCAGAUCCUCUCCAACAAGAAGCCCGAGCUUCUGGACAUGAUGCUGGUGACCAACAACCCCUACGACUACGCCUUCAUCUCCCAAGGAGAGACCACCGUGCCGUCCAUCGACGACGGCGAGGAGCUGCUGGCCACAGACAGCGCUUUCGACGUGCUGGGCUUCAGCCCGGAGGAGAAGAGCUCCAUCUACAAGCUGACGGGAGCCAUCAUGCACUUCGGCAACAUGAAAUUCAAGCAGAAGCAGCGGGAGGAGCAGGCGGAGCCGGACGGCACCGAAGAGGCGGAUAAGUCGGCUUACCUGAUGGGGCUGAACUCGGCCGACCUCCUCAAGGGGCUGUGCCACCCCCGGGUGAAGGUGGGCAACGAAUACGUCACCAAAGGGCAGAACGUCCAGCAGGUGAUCUACGCCGUCGGGGCUCUGGCCAAGGCUGUCUACGAGAAGAUGUUCAACUGGAUGGUGACCAGGAUCAACAACUCACUGGAGACCAAGCAGCCUCGCCAGUAUUUCAUCGGCGUCCUGGACAUUGCUGGCUUCGAGAUCUUCGAUUUCAACAGCUUCGAGCAGCUGUGCAUCAACUUCACCAACGAGAAGCUGCAGCAGUUCUUCAACCACCACAUGUUCGUGCUGGAGCAGGAGGAGUACAAGAAGGAGGGCAUCGAGUGGGAGUUCAUCGACUUCGGCAUGGACCUCCAGGCCUGCAUCGACCUCAUCGAGAAGCCGAUGGGGAUCAUGUCCAUCUUGGAGGAGGAGUGCAUGUUCCCCAAGGCCACGGAUAUGACCUUCAAGGCCAAACUCUUCGACAACCACUUGGGGAAGUCGGCCAACUUCGGGAAGCCCCGCAACAUCAAGGGAAAGCCGGAAGCUCACUUCGCCCUCGUGCACUACGCGGGCACGGUGGACUACAACAUCAUCGGCUGGCUGCAGAAGAACAAGGAUCCGCUCAACGAGACGGUGGUGGGGCUCUACCAGAAGUCAGCCUUGAAGCUCCUCGCCAACCUCUUUGCCAACUACGCCGGAGCCGACGCGCCUGUGGAGAAGGGGAAAGGAGCCAAGAAGAAAGGUUCCUCCUUCCAGACGGUCUCAGCCCUGCACCGGGAGAAUCUCAACAAGCUGAUGACCAACCUUCGUUCCACCCACCCCCACUUUGUCCGCUGCAUCAUCCCCAACGAGACCAAGUCUCCCGGUGUGAUGGACAACCCCCUGGUGAUGCACCAGCUCCGCUGCAAUGGCGUGCUGGAGGGCAUCCGCAUCUGCCGCAAGGGUUUCCCCAACCGCAUCCUCUACGGGGACUUCCGUCAGAGGUACCGCAUCCUGAACCCGGCAGCCAUCCCCGAGGGGCAGUUCAUUGACAGCCGCAAAGGCGCCGAGAAACUCCUGGGGUCCCUCGAUAUCGACCACAACCAGUACAAAUUUGGGCACACCAAGGUUUUCUUUAAGGCCGGGCUGCUGGGGCUGCUGGAGGAGAUGCGUGACGAGCGCCUGGCUCGCAUCAUGACCCGCCUGCAGGCCCAAGUUCGUGGCUUUCUCUCCCGGCAGGAAUUCAAAAAGAUCUUGGAGAGAAGGGAUUCGCUGCUGGUCAUCCAGUGGAACAUCCGCGCCUUCAUGGGGGUGAAGAACUGGCCCUGGAUGAAGCUCUACUUUAAGAUCAAGCCCUUGCUGAAGAGUGCUGAGACCGAGAAGGAGAUGCAGACAAUGAAGGAGGAAUUCGGGCGCCUGAAGGAGGCCCUGGAGAAGUCAGAGGCGCGUCGGAAGGAGCUGGAGGAGAAGAUGGUGUCCAUGCUGCAGGAGAAGAACGAUCUCCAGCUGCAAGUGCAGGCCGAGCAAGACAAUCUUGCUGACGCCGAGGAGCGCUGCGAUCAGCUGAUCAAGAACAAGAUCCAGCUGGAGGCCAAGGCGAAGGAGAUGUUGGAGAGGCUGGAGGAAGAGGAGGAGAUGAACGCUGAGCUGACGGCCAAGAAGAGGAAGCUGGAGGAUGAGUGUUCGGAGCUCAAGAAGGACAUCGAUGACCUGGAGCUGUCGUUGGCCAAAGUGGAGAAGGAGAAACACGCCACAGAGAACAAGGUCAAGAACCUCACAGAGGAGAUGGCCGGGCUGGAUGAGACCAUUGUCAAGCUGACCAAGGAGAAGAAGGCCCUUCAGGAGUCCCACCAGCAAACGCUGGAUGACCUGCAGGCCGAGGAAGACAAGGUCAACACCUUGACCAAGGCCAAAGUGAAGCUGGAGCAGCAAGUGGAUGAUCUUGAGAGCUCGCUGGAGCAGGAGAAGAAGAUCCGGAUGGACCUGGAAAGAGCCAAGAGGAAGCUGGAAGGGGACUUGAAGCUGGCCCAGGAGAGCAUCAUGGACCUGGAGAACGACAAGCAGCAGCUGGAGGAGAGGCUGAAGAAGAAAGACUUUGAGCUCAACGCGCUCAACGCUCGAAUUGAAGACGAACAAGCAGUUGCUGGCCAGCUUCAGAAGAAGCUCAAAGAGCUCCAGGCACGAAUCGAGGAGCUGGAGGAGGAGCUGGAGGCGGAGCGGACGGGCCGGGCCAAGGUGGAGAAGCUGCGCUCGGAUCUGUCACGGGAGCUGGAGGAGAUCAGCGAGCGGCUGGAGGAGGCGGGCGGAGCCACCUCAGUGCAGCUCGAGCUCAACAAGAAGAGGGAGGCUGAGUUCCAGAAGCUGCGGCGAGACCUGGAGGAGGCAACGCUGCAGCACGAGGCCACGGCCGCCGCCCUGCGCAAGAAGCACGCCGACAGCGUGGCUGAGCUGAGCGAGCAGCUCGACAACCUGCAGCGCGUCAAGCAGAAGCUGGAGAAGGAGAAGAGCGAGCUGAAGCUGGAGCUGGACGACGUCAGCUCCAACAUGGAGCAGCUCAUCAAGGCCAAGGCCAACCUGGAGAAGAUGUGCCGCACCACGGAGGACCAGAUGAAUGAGCACCGCAGCAAAUCAGAGGAGGCGCAGCGUAUGGUUGCUGACCUCAGCACCCAGCGAGCCAAGCUCCAGACGGAGAACGGUGAGCUCUCAAGGCAGCUGGAGGAGAAGGAAGCCUUCAUCAACCAGCUGAUGCGUGGGAAACUCACCUACACUCAGCAGCUGGAGGACCUGAAGAGGCAGCUGGAGGAGGAAGCCAAGGCCAAGAACGCGCUGGCCCACGCCCUGCAGUCAGCCCGGCACGACUGUGACCUGCUGAGGGAGCAGUAUGAAGAGGAGACGGAGGCCAGAGCUGAGCUGCAGCGUGCCCUCUCCAAAGCCAACUCGGAGGUGGCCCAGUGGAGGACCAAGUAUGAGACGGACGCCAUCCAACGCACCGAGGAGUUGGAGGAGGCCAAGAAGAAGCUGGCGCAGCGGCUGCAGGAAGCCGAGGAGGCGGUGGAGGCGGUCAACGCCAAAUGCUCCUCCCUGGAGAAGACCAAGCACCGGCUGCAGAAUGAGAUCGAGGACCUGAUGGCGGACCUGGAGAGGUCAAACGCUGCGGCUGCCGCUCUGGAUAAGAAGCAAAGGAACUUUGAUAAGAUCUUGUCGGAGUGGAAGCAGAAGUUCGAGGAGUCGCAGACGGAGCUGGAGGCGGCGCAGAAGGAGUCCCGGUCCCUCAGCACUGAGCUCUUCAAGCUGAAGAACGCCUACGAGGAGUCGCUGGAGCACCUGGAGACCUUCAAGAGGGAGGCCAAGAACCUCCAAGAGGAGAUCUCGGACUUGACGGAGCAGCUGGGAGCCGGCCACAAGACCAUCCACGAGCUGGAGAAGGUCCGUAAGCAGCUGGACGCCGAGAAGCUGGAGCUGCAAGCAGCGCUGGAGGAGGCCGAGGCGUCCCUGGAACACGAGGAGGGGAAGAUCCUGAGGGCCCAGCUGGAGUUCAACCAAGUGAAGGCGGACUACGAGCGCAAGCUGGCGGAGAAGGAGGAGGAGAUGGAGCAGGCCAAGCGGAACCACCUGCGGGUGGUGGACUCACUGCAGACGUCGCUGGACGCCGAGACGCGGAGCCGCAACGAAGCGCUGAGGCUGAAGAAGAAGAUGGAGGGCGACCUCAAUGAGAUGGAGAUCCAACUGAGCCACGCCAACCGCAUGGCAGCCGAGGCCCAGAAGCAAGUCAAGGCGCUGCAGGGCUACCUCAAGGACGCCCAAUUACAGCUGGACGACGCGGUGCGCGCUAACGAGGACCUGAAGGAGAACAUCGCCAUCGUGGAGCGGAGGAACAACCUCCUCCAAUCGGAGCUGGAGGAGCUGCGCGCCGCGCUGGAGCAGAGCGAGAGGGCCCGCAAGUUGGCCGAGCAGGAACUGAUCGAGGCCAGCGAGCGCGUCCAGCUCCUCCAUUCCCAGAACACCGGUCUCAUCAACCAGAAGAAGAAGAUGGAGGCCGACAUCUCCCAGCUGCAGACCGAGGUGGAAGAAGCGAUCCAGGAGUGCCGGAACGCCGAGGAGAAGGCCAAGAAGGCCAUCACUGACGCGGCCAUGAUGGCGGAGGAGCUGAAGAAGGAGCAGGACACGAGCGCCCACCUGGAGCGGAUGAAGAAGAACAUGGAGCAGACCAUCAAGGACCUGCAGCUGCGGCUGGACGAGGCAGAGCAGUUGGCCCUCAAGGGCGGCAAGAAGCAGCUGCAGAAGCUGGAGGCGCGUGUGAGGGAGCUGGAGAACGAGCUGGAGGCGGAGCAGAAGCGCCAUGCCGAGAGCGUCAAAGGGCUGCGCAAGUCGGAGCGGCGCGUGAAGGAGCUCAGCUACCAGACGGAGGAGGACCGUAAGAACAUGGUGAGGUUGCAGGACUUGGUGGACAAACUGCAGCUGAAGGUGAAGGCGUACAAACGGCAGGCGGAGGAGGCGGAGGAGCAGUCCAACUGCAACCUGUCCAAGUUCCGCAAAGCGCAGCACGAGUUGGGCGACGCGGAGGAGCGCGCGGACAUCGCCGAGGCGCAGCUCAACAAACUGCGCGCCCGCAGCAGAGACGGCCGCACCACGAAAGGGCUCCACGAGGAGUGAAAGCAGUGGGCGAUGCGCCCCCCGGCGCCGCCCCCAUCAGCGCCUCCGCCCCCCUCCGCCCACCCAAUAAAUGCCUUUCAGCAGCA